AUGUCCUCCGUCGUAGAAACGAAGCCCUUCCCUGACCAGAAGCCCGGAACCUCCGGCCUCAGAAAGAAGGUCACUGUGUUCCAGCAGGAGAACUACACCGAGAACUUCAUUCAAGCCAUCCUCGAGGCGAUCCCAGAGGGAGCGACCUUGGUUGUGGGCGGUGACGGCAGAUACUACAAUGACCAUGUGGUGCAGCUCAUCAUUGAAAUUGCUGCUGCCAAUGGCGUCAAGAAGAUCAUUGUGGGCCAGAACGGCUUGCUUUCCACUCCAGCCACUUCCCACAUCAUCAGAAUCACCAAGGCCACAGGUGGUAUCAUUUUGACCGCCUCGCACAACCCAGGCGGUCCAGACAAGGACUUGGGUAUCAAGUACAACAUGGCAAAUGGUGGCCCUGCUCCAGAGUCUGUGACCAACAAAAUCUACGAGAUUUCCAAGUCUCUCACUCAGUACAAGACCUACAAGCUCGAUAAGGUUGACCUCCAGAACGAAGGCACCAGCAAGGCCGGUCCAAUUGAGGUUGAGGUCAUCAACCCAACCAGUGCUUACGUCGCUCUCAUGAAAGACAUCUUUGACUUCCCUCUCAUCAAGAAGUUCAUUCACAGUGCCGGCGAGUCCCAAGGUUUCAAGGUUCUUUUCGACGCUUUGAACGGUAUCACUGGUCCUUACGGCCACAAGAUCUUUGUUGAGGAAUUGGGCUUGCCUGAGACCUCUGUCCAGAACUUCGUGCCUAAGCCAGACUUUGGUGGUUUGCACCCUGACCCCAACUUGACCUACGCAGAGACUUUGGUCAGCAAGGUUGACGCCGAGAACAUUGCUUUUGGCGCCGCUUCUGAUGGUGACGGUGACAGAAACAUGAUCUAUGGUGCUGGUGCUUUCGUCUCUCCUGGUGACUCUGUGGCCAUCAUCGCAGAAUACGCUGACGCUAUUCCUUACUUCAAGGAGCAGGGCGUCUACGGGUUGGCUCGUUCCAUGCCAACUUCCGGUGCAUUGGACUUGGUUGCCAAGGACAAGAACCUCAAUGUCUACGAAGUGCCUACCGGUUGGAAGUUCUUCUGUAACUUGUUCGACGCCAAGAAGUUGUCCAUCUGUGGUGAGGAAUCUUUCGGUACCGGCUCGAACCACAUCAGAGAAAAGGAUGGUUUAUGGGCCAUCUGUGCCUGGUUGAAUGUCUUGGCUGACUUCAACCAGAAGUACCCUAACGAAAAGACCAGCAUCAAGGCCGUCCAGGAGAAGUUCUGGCAGAAGUAUGGCAGAACUUUCUUCACCAGAUACGACUACGAAGAAGUCUCCAGCGAAGGCGCUGCCAAGCUUGUGGAGCUCCUCGGCUCUAUUGUCGAGCAAAAGAAGGAGGGCUCUGAGUUGGCUCCAGGUUACACCGUCAAAGAAGCUGCCAACUUCUCCUACACUGACUUGGACGGCUCUGUGUCGAAAAAUCAGGGUUUGUUCAUCAAGUUCACCAACGGAUUGCGUUUCAUUGUGCGUUUGUCGGGCACUGGAUCUUCUGGAGCCACGGUGAGAUUGUACUUGGAGAAGCAUUCUGCUGACCCAUCCACGUACUCCGAGCCUGUUGACAACUUCUUCUCUAAGGACAUUGCUUUCAUCUUGGAGUUGUUGAAGUUCAAGGAGUUGUUGGGUAAGGACCAGCCAGAUGUGAAGACCUAA